CCCCACUUCUUUAGUAGUUAACAAUUGGUUAAAAUAACACCUACUAGUCUAGUACAUACCAGAUUGAAUUGAAGUCGGUUUAGGUGUUAUUUUAUUACAAAUUAUGUGAUAAAAAAUGUUUAAUAUUUGAUAACGAAUUUAAAUAACCUGCUUCCGCGUAAGAUCCAUUUAGCGCCGAAGAGAAUCGGUAUUCUUAAGUUGCUUUCGAGUUGUAAUGUUCACCGCUCGAAUUACCAUGCAAAACAUGAGCUGCGCCUGUUUAAAACGGAUAUUUAAACUGAAAAAUAACUACAGAUUCGUAUCAUCCUUCGAGGGAUUGGAACCGGCUGGACCUAGUGUAAAAACCGAAGUACCCGGACCGAAAACCAAAAGCUAUAUUGAGAGGCUAGGGAAAGUACAGCAAAGCAACUCGGUGCAGUUAUUCGGCGAUUAUGAGAAAUCAAUCGGAAAUUAUUUCGUCGACGUGGAUGGUAAUGUUUUGUUGGAUGUUUACAUGCAAAUAUCGUCCAUUCCCAUCGGAUAUAAUCAUCCUGAAAUAAUUCAAGCUUUACAAAAGCUAGACAAUGUCAAAGCAGUGGUUAAUAGACCAGCUCUGGGUUACUUUCCAGGAGCUGAUUGGAUCCAUAAAUUGGAAAACGUGUUAUUGAGUGUUGCUCCUAAAGGUUUAAAUCAUGUGACUACUAUGAUGUGUGGAUCGUGCAGUAAUGAAAAUGCGAUGAAGAAUAUUUUCUUUUGGUAUCAAGUGCAGCAACGUGGUGGUAGUUUCGAAUUCACACCUGAGGAACAGUCGUCUUGUAUGAUGAAUGCCACCCCUGGAUCUCCUAAUUUGACUAUUUUGUCCUUCAAAGGUGCAUUUCACGGAAGAACACUGGGCGCAUUAUCUACCACUCGAUCCAAAUAUCUACACAAAAUAGACGUACCAGCUUUCGACUGGCCUGUGGCUACUUUCCCUCAGUACAAGUAUCCACUAGAAGAGAAUGUCGCCGAAAACAAAAAACAGGAUAAAAACAGUUUAGAAGAAGUAGAAUACUUAAUCGAACAACAAAAGAAGAUCGGUAAACCAGUUGCAGGUAUCAUUGUGGAACCGAUCCAGUCCGAAGGUGGAGAUAACCACGCUUCCAAAGAAUUCUUCCAAGAGUUACAAAAGAUCACCAGAAAACACAAAGUCGCCUUCUUAGUCGACGAAGUACAAACUGGCGGUGGUCCAACAGGUAAAAUAUGGUGCCAUGAAUAUUUCGAUCUAGAUGGACCUCCCGAUGUAGUCACUUUCAGUAAGAAAAUGCAAAUUGGAGGAUAUUAUCUGAAACCUGAAUUUAUCCCUAAACAACCAUUCCGAGUAUUUAACACUUGGAUGGGUGAUCCUGGUAAAAUGAUCAUGUUAGAAGAAGUAUUGAAAAUCAUAAGACGAGAUCAACUAUUAGAAAACGUCAAAGAAACUGGAAAAGUAUUAAUGAAAGGAUUAACGGAAUAUCAAAACAGUUAUAAUGGAUUGAUACAUUCCGUACGAGGAUUGGGUACUUUUAUAUCUUUCGAUUUGCCUACCUCCGCUCAAAGAGACACUGUUGUUAAUAGGUUGAAAAAUAAAGGAGUACUCAGCGGUGGUUGUGGCGAUACUGCGGUUCGUUUAAGGCCUGCUUUAACCAUGACACCUAAACAUGCGCAUAUAUUUUUGGAUAAAUUGAAACAAGUACUGGAUGAAGGAAAUAUCUAAAUUAAUCAACUCGUAUAAAAUUUAAAUGAUGUUUACUUGAGCUGUGUGUUUGAGUAUACCUACUUACCUAUUUAUCGAUUUUGAGAUGUGUAUCAAGACGUAUUGCGUGUAUUUAGUUGUUAUACCUACUCAUGGUAGACGACUGGAUCUCAUUUGCAAGAUAUCGAUUUGUUAUUUUCCUCUCGAAUUUUAUAUUUUUCAUGUUGGUAUAACGAAUUUCUUUGAGUAAAAUAUCAUCUAUUGCGCUUUCUUUUGUCAAUGACGAAUUUUAUCGCAGCUUUAGCUACAAAAAGGUGUCUACCGAAUCAAAAAAACAAAAUUUUGUACCUUUUUCAUAUUUUUUUCGUACGACAUUUAUUUUAAUUUUUUCAUUUUAAAAAUCCUUUCAAAAUUUCAUACAAAUUUCGUAAAUUUUGUAAAUUUUUAACGGAUUUUCGUACCUACUUUUUUAGGUCAUUUUCCAAUUUCGUAGUUUUUUCGGUCGGUAGACACCCUGUGCAAGUGUACAACUAUACACCUACACCUGUCUACCUAUUUAUUAAAUAUAAUUCCUCCGACAAUAAUGUCUUCCAUAAAUAGUCUUCCAAUUUUAUUUCCCUUGUUUUUGUAUUUUAUUCUAUAAUAAUGUAAAUCGUACGUAAUAAUUAAGACGUGAAUGAGUAUUAUUGUUAUGCUAUCCAUUAGUCAAAUACUUACUUACCUAUUUCAUUUCAAAGGCUUAGAAAAUUUUAUGAAUAUUCGAAGAAUAAAGAUUAAACAUGUUUUAAA